UUCUACGAUUUUUGUCAGUUGUAUUUCGUAAAUUAUUUUAGAAGAAUAAGAUGUCAAGUUUCAAAGAAAAUUGUGAAAAAUAUUUCGGUACCACUAAUUUUUAUGAAGUACUGGAAGUUGUGAAGGAUGCUUCUCAAAAGGAAAUGAAAAAGGACUAUCAUAAAUUGUCCCUGAUGGUUCAUCCUGACAGAGUUGAUGCUAGUCAGAAGCUAGUAGCUACUGAAAAGUUCAAGGUUCUUGGGAAAAUCCAUACCAUCCUACAGGAUGAAAAUAAACGUAAGAUUUACGAUGACAGCGGUGAGUUUGACGAUGAAAGUGACGGUCAUUUCAACUGGAUGGAAAACUGGAGGAGCCUCUUCAAAAAAAUAAGCCUCAAAGAUAUUCAGAAUUUCGAAAAAGAUUACAUUGGCUCGGAAACAGAAGUGAGAGAUAUCAGAAAAGCUUAUGAAUCUUGUAAAGGUAACACGACAAAGAUGGAGUAUAUUCCUUUUGCCAAUCUAGAAAGUGAACCAAGAAUUAUAGAAGUAAUGAGGGGUUUGGUGGAUAAAGGUGAAGUUGAAGAAUACUUCAAUGAACCUGCUAGAAAACGGAGAUUGAGGCAUAAGACAUAUCAAAAGGAAAAGGAAGAAGUUGAAAAGGAAUCAAUGGAAGAUGUGGAAUGGUUGACUAAUGAGAUACAGGAAAGAUCAUUAUCAAACUUUAUGAACAUGAUUUCACAUUUUGAAACUAAAUAUGGAAAUAAAAAAAAGGAAAUCAAUAACAGAAAGGAAAAUUUCUGCUAUGAAAAGGAAAGUCUCUAA